CAGGAAACAUAAACCACUUUAACAAGUGUGAAAAGACACAGGCAGAUUUUCACACAGACUAAGAGCUUGAUCACAGAGGCUAUGCCGAGGACGUAAAGUGCUGAGCCUGAAAGCUGAAGGUUCAUGAUGAGUUGUUUCCUGCUCUCCGUUUGGAGGUCCAGUUUGAUUCUCUGCCUGGGUCAGCUUUUGCGUUGUGGAGAGGCCAGAGUGAAAACUGAAGUACAAGCUGGGCCUCUGUAUCGUGUGUUAGGCUCUCCCCUCUACAUCACCUGCAGUGUGAGUGGCUUCAGAAGUGAAAACACUGACAAACAUUUUGAAUUCCGUAUGACGACGCCUUCAAACCCAAACAGGGACAUCCAAAUCAUCAGUUCCAAGGAUGAUGAUUUUGGAUAUUCCAAUCACCUAAUCCGUGUGAGAAAAAAUGAAAUUGCUUUGAAACGUCUCUCACCAAACUCAGUCCGCUUCGAGAUAAAAAGCCUGCUGAAAGCUGAUGAAGGGGAAUAUGAAUGUACUGCAGUCAACUUAGAAGGUGCUUAUGAUGGAGAGUAUUCUGCUAAGACAGUCGUUAAAGUGAUUGAAGACUCCUUGAGUGUCUCAUCAUCUGCUUCCACACCACUGAGCUUAAACGAGGGUGAAGCUCUCACUUUAACAUGCCUGGCCUCUAGCAGCACCAGCCAGCACACCCAUCUGUCUGUUGCCUGGUAUCUCCAUAAAGAUGGACAGGAGGACGCUCAGCCUAUCAUUUCUCUGAAUAGAGAUUUUACACUGAGCCCAGGCCAGGGGUUUGAAAGGCGUUACCAAGCAGGUCUCAUACGCUUAGAUAAAUUGGGAGAGGCCGCAUACAACCUACAGAUGGCUAAGGUUGAGCCAUCAGACCAAGGUAGGAUCUACUGUCAGGCUCAGGAGUGGAUCCAAGAUCCUGAUGGUUCCUGGUACAUCAUCAUACAGAAGAAUGCCGAAGAAAUGACCCUGACAGUUAAAGCCACAGAGGUGGUAGAUCCAUCGUCUCCGUCUCUGGCAGUGGAGAUCUCAGCACAGCCAGCAGCGCUGCAGGAGGGGCAGGAGCUGUUGCUGUCCUGUAAUAUAAACACACAGGACGUGGAGAAAAGAUUCUUCUCUGUAGCAUGGCUCAAGGGACGUGUGGAGCUGGCCCGCAUUGGUCCCACAGGCGUUCUCACUGUGGCACCGGAGUACAGUGUUCGCCAGAAAAAUGGAGAGCUCAGAGCCGCCCGAAGCGGGAACAGAGAUUACCGUCUCAUCUUAAAGCCUGUGAGAACUGAGGACCAGGGAGAGUAUAUCUGUAGAGUCUGGCCUCAAGAGAGAGGCCAAGAUGAUGCUUUUAUUGAGGGAGAAGCCAAAGACUCCACCCCACAGCGGGUCAACAUCUCAGCCACAGAAAACAGGCUGACAGUCAAAAUGCAGCAGGCUGUAAAUGUGGCCGAAGGGGGCGGGCUGCAUCUCUCCUGUAAAGUGGAUGGGGUUCAAGGUCAACUCUCUGUCACCUGGGAACAAAAAUCAGCAUCAAUGGCCUCGUUCACCAAGAUCAUCAGUAUAAAUCAGGAGGGUGUUACAGAGAUAGCAGAGGAGUUCAUGAGUCGCAAAGUGAGGGUGAUGCGUCCAACUACUCACAACUUCACCUUAGAGCUUGAUGAGGUCACACUGUCUGAUUCAGGAGUGUACCAGUGUGCUGUGUCUGAUCGCAAACCUAAUGGCAAGACUCACAGCCAGACCCAAACUACCACUGUGACAGUGAUCUCUAUAGAAAACAGGCUGUCAGUCAAAAUGCAGCAGGCAGGAAAUGUGGCCGAAGGGGGCGGGCUGCAUCUCUCCUGUAAAGUGGAUGGGGUUCAAGGUCAACUCUCUGUCACCUGGGAACAAAAAUCAGCAUCAAUGGCCUCGUUCACCAAGAUCAUCAGUAUAAAUGAGGAGGGUGUUACAGAGAUAGCAGAGGAGUUCAUGAGUCGCAAAGUGAGGGUGAUGCGUCCAACUACUGACAACUUCACCUUAGAGCUUGAUGAGGUCACACUGUCUGAUUCAGGAGUGUACCAGUGUGCUGUGUCUGAGCGCAAACCUAAUGGCAAGACUCACAACCAGGCACAAACUACCACUGUGACAGUGACUUCUAUAGAAAACAGGCUGUCAAUCAAAAUGCAGCAGGCAGAAAAUGUCACCGAAGGGGGCGGGCUGCAUCUCUCCUGUAAAGUGGAUGGGGUUCAAGGUCAACUCUCUGUCACCUGGCAACUCAAAUCAGCACGAAUGGCCUCGUUCACCGAGAUCAUCAGUAUAAGUCAGGAGGGUGUUACAGAGAUAGCAGAGGAGUUUGUGAGUCGCAAAGUGAGGGUGAUGCGUCCAGCUACUCACAACUUCACCUUAGAGCUUGAUGAGGUCACACUGUCUGAUUCAGGAGUGUACCAGUGUGCUGUGUCUGAGCACAAACCUAAUGGCAAGACUCACAGCCAGACGCAAACUACCACUGUGACAGUGAUCUCUAUAGAAAACAGGCUGUCUGUCAAAAUGCAGCAGGCUGUAAAUGUGGCCGAAGGGGGCGGGCUGCAUCUCUCCUGUAAAGUGGAUGGGGUUCAAGGUCAACUCUCUGUCACCUGGCAACUCAAAUCAGCACGAAUGGCCUCGUUCACCGACAUCAUCAGUAUAAGUCAGGAGGGUGUUACAGAGAUAGCAGAGGAGUUCGUGAGUCGCACAGUGAGGGUGAUGCGUCCAGCUACUCACAACUUCACCUUAGAGCUUGAUGAGGUCACACUGUCUGAUUCAGGAGUGUACCAGUGUGCUGUGUCUGAGCGCAAACCUAACAGCAAGACUCACAACCAGACACAAACUACCACUGUGACAGUGAUCUCUAUAGACACGCUGAUGGGAGUGUCUCUAAUCAGUCGCAAGAGUCGGGUGACUGUUGGAGAAAAAUUGGAGUUGAUGUGCCGGGUCAGAGGGCCACACAUGCCGGUAACAGUGACUUGGAGCGUGCAACGUGAGGCUAAAACACCAGACACCAUCCUGACACUUUCCCCUAAUGGCACCAUCAGUUGGUCUGCAGAUCAGAACCACUACCAGCUACGAGUAGAAAGCAGAAAAACUGAAGUCAUUUACUAUCUGCUGGUCAUUGGUACCAGCCACAGAGAAGGAGGAAACUACCAGUGUAAUGUGUCUGUCUUACUGAAGAAUGUGCACAAGGAGUUGAAAGCAUCCAAUCAGCUUGCUGUGAUAGUAAACAACCCAGUAAGCAGACUUGAUGUGUCACCCAUCCCUGCGUUGACAAGAAACAUGAACACUGACAUAACAAUAACAUGCUCCAUCGUCACAAAAACGUCUGAAUCAUCACUCUACUCUAUCACCUGGCUGCAUGAGGAAAAUGCAGGAAUUAAGACCAUUGUAAGCUUGGACCGGAAUUCCAUAGUAAUGGAAUCCAAGGUGGACCUGGGUCAGCGAAUCAGCAUGAGGCGCAGCAAAGGACCCACUUUUGAACUGACUAUUCGGCAAGCUCGAAUCUCAGAUAAUGGUUCAUAUACAUGCAAAGUGGGCGAGUGGCUUCAAGAUCCUCGUGGUGAAUGGUAUCUGCUCUCAACAGUGUCCAAAAGCACAGUGCUAACAAUUACUGAGCCUGCUCCCAACCUUCGUUUAGAUAAGAAAGAGCAGCAGCUGACUGCCAAAGAAGGAGAAGAAGUCGAGCUCAACUGUAACAUCACCUCAGGAGCUUCUGGUUCUUCCGUUUUCUAUGGAGUCAUUUGGCGUUAUGCUGCACACAGUUCUUCUUUGAAGAACGCCUCCCUGGUGGAGCUUGACCACACCGGCCUGGUGAGUUACCCAGACAACAAAGACAUGAGAGGCCUGCAGGAGCGGCUACGCCUGUCCAGACCCACUCAGAAAAGCUUUUACCUAAGUAUUCAGAAAGCCCAUGAAGAGGAUAGUGGAACCUACUGGUGCCAAGUGGAUCAACACCAACUGGACCAUGAAGCUCACUGGCAGCUGAAGGCCUCAGACAGUGGUGGUGCUAUCAAACUCAGUGUAAAAGUAACAGAAAACAAUCUCUCUAUUCCAAAGGAGGAAGCAGAGAUGAAUACAAGCAGAAACCAGGAUUUGACUAUCCCCUGUAACAUCAACAAACAAUCCAGCCAUGAAUCCAAGUUCCAGGUCACAUGGUUUUGGCAGAAAGAAAUAGAAACUAAACAGCGCCCCAUAUUCACAGUCUACAGAAACUCGACUCUACAGGACAGGUUUGGGGAGAAUGUUCGCCUGAAAUACGACCACCCUGACCCCAGCCAAUUCAGCCUCACCUUCUUGAACCCUGGUCCUGAAAAUAGUGGCCUGUAUUUCUGUGAGGUAGAGGAGUGGCUGCCUUCUCUGUCUCGUGGGUGGAGAAAAGUUGCAGUGGAAAAGUCAGGGCAUUUCAAUGUCAGUGUUCUCACGGAAGGUGAUGCUAAUGCCGAUUCUGAAUGUAACACAAGGACUUAUAUAAUAAUAGCUAUUGUAAUUCUCAUCGUCUUAGUUUUAGUCCUAUUGCUACUCGUAGUCACGAUGUGCAGAAGUAAAGGCUCACUGGGAAACAAGUCAGGGCCGUCUCUCUGGGGUGAAUCAGUGCCUAUGAACACCAGCCGAAGUGGAGAUGACUGAACAGCAGAAGCUUUUUUUUUUUUUAAACGCACAUAUGCAAAAGUUUUUAGUUGGACUCCACCUACUUUUAGACAAGCGGUCCCGCACACUUGUUUCAGAACUCGAGGGGACUGAUCUUUCCAAGCUGUUGCACCCAGACUGUGGAAUGCACUUCCUCUAUCUCUACAGCGUUUGGACUCGGUGGAGACCUUCAAAAAGCAGCUAAAGACAUUUUUAUUUCCAAAAGACCAGGGCUUUUAUGAUGUAUUUAUGACUGUAUUGUGUUUUUGAUACCUCUCUUGUGAAGCACUUUGCGACAUCUGUCUGUAAAAUAUGCUAUAUAAAUAAACUUUUACUUUUCUUUUACUUUC